AUGCCGGCAUUGGGCAAAGAAUUAGGAUUCCAGUAUGGCAAUCACAAGUCUGCCUGGAUGUCCAAAGUCUUAUUCAGAGACUGGUUCUUCUCAAGUUUUGUUCCAGCCGUUGAGAAAUACCUUCAGACCAAAAAUCUGUCUAGAAAAGCUGUUCUACUCCUCUAUAAUGUACCGGUACAUCCUCCAGAAAACAAAUUGAUUAGUGGGGGAAUAAGAGUAGUUUAUCUGCCUCCAAAUUGUACAGCAAGUGUGCAAACGAUCGAUCAAAUCCGUGGAUAUUCUCACAUGACAAUUGCACGAAGUUGGAAGAGUCUUUUUGACAAGACUUACUCCGCAGACGAUCAGGAAAACAAUACUGAAUUUGAAAACCAUCAGGCAGAGUUGGAAGCACAGAACCUCGCUGAGUUACAUCAGUUGGUUAAUCAAUUACCAGUCGAUGAGUUUGUUAGAGAAGAUGAAGUAGGGCAGUGGCUCAUUACAGAUCCUAUCCCGGAUUUCACUGACUCUCAAAUUAUAGAAAUAUUGAGUGAGACUACUCCAGAACAAGAUGCUGAGGAGGUCGAACAUUUUGAAAAUGAUGAGAAUGUCGAUCCUGUUUUGCUGAAUGUUCUCCAUUCUGCGAAUAUUCUUUUGGAAUUUGCCGAGCAGGAAGAUCAUCCUGAUAAACAAACAAUUGAUGGCAUCAAAAUGUUGCGAGAAAGAGUGGUAUUCAAAAUAGUGCAAUGA